CAGCUAAUUAACCCUUCCAACCCCCCUUUCUUUUCACAUUUCUUCUUCUUCCUCUACGGUGAUCUGGUUCGUUUUCUCCAAUGUUGUUCUUGCCGUUGCCUCCGAUAUACUUGCUUCUUGCCAUCAAGCCCUCUGUUGUCGGAAUAUCUCGUCGGUGACGUUGACGCAACUAUACAUGUCUAGGAAAACAAUAGAGCACAUGACAUGGCAUUUGAAAUGCUAUGAGGAUGUGGAUGAAGUUAUUCAUCCUGCAGCUAGUGAGGCAUGGAAAAACUUUGAUGAAACCCACCCAACAUUUGCUGAUGAACCUAGAAAUGUUAGACUUGGCCUUUGUACAGAUGGUUUCAAUCCAUUUGGUUGCUCCGCAACACCUUACUCUUGUUGGCCUGUUUUUCUUAUAGUGUACAACCUUUCUCUUGAAUUGUGUAUGAAAAUCAAAUUCAAAUCAAACGACAACUUGAAUUUAUUCCUUGGUUUAAGACAACGGUGUGUAGUGGAAGAUAUGAGGUUGAUUCUCGCCUUUUGCCUUUAAAAAGGGUGGUUUGCUACAUGUAAGAUUAGAGCAAGAGCAAUAAUUGAUACUUCAUCGUUGAGUGAUGGUGGAAAUGUUUAUUAUCAAGACAAUGAUCCUCCUAUGCCACAAUUGGUGCAACCCUCGACUAUUUUAAAUGAUCAUGUUUCACUAGCAUCUCAAGGGGGAGAACAAGUGAUGAUUAGUGAGGUCAUGCAAUUGCCAUAUGUGGCAGAGGGAGAAUGUGUGGGUGAGAAUGAUGAUGAAGAGGAAGAGUUUGAUGGAACGGAAACAUCAGAAGAAGAAGUUCCAAAUUACUUAACCGAGAACCAAAAGGAUUCAAAGUGUGCAGAGAGCCGGCUCUUGAAAGCUGUAGCCGGCUCUGGUGAAAUGGAAGUGCAAAGAGCCGGCUCUGGAAGCUGCAGCCGGCUUUACAGGCAAAAAUUUAAAGACCGUUGUUUGGUGCGUGCAGAGAAAAGGCGCAAAGUCGGCUCCAACUUUAUAGCCAACUUCGGAAUUCCAAAGCCGGCUCAAAGUCUUGCAACCGGCUCUCAAGGAAAACAGAAUGGCCUGCAAACCCGGAUAGCCGGCUCUGGAAGUUACACUGGUGAUGAUGCAACAAUGGAGAAGGACACUGAAGAGCAUAAUUUGGAGGCUGAGUUGGAUGCUGAGUUUGCUAUGCUUGAUCCAGAGUUAGAUGCUCAGUUGGAGGAAGAGCUAUCACAUGUUGUCCCGAAGACAAGAUGUGGCAUGGAUAAAGGAGAUGACGUUCUUGCAGACUCGAGUCAAAGGAAGGUAGCUAAAAGAUCAGGAGUUAGGCCAACACCUUUAGAGUUGUACUUGUUGAGACACACUACUCGCCGACCUGAUGCUCUAGAAGAUGCCCCACCCAGUUGGAUAUGUCCACAGGCUGAGCAGACAUAUAACGAUGCUCACCAAAAAUAUGUGGAGAAGCAUGAGCCAAACAAGGAUUUGUGGCUAGAAUGGGAUCCACUUAUCUGGAAGGAGGUGGUUGGACCUUCUAAAAAGGGUCAGAUGAGAGGGAUGUCUACAUUACAGGAUCCAGUAGAGCAUGGCAUCCCUUGGCGAUGGUAUGACAUGAGUGACGCCUCCUCUUCUACCACCAAGAUUCUUACGACAUAGGUCUAGCAGUUGUAGUCUAAGCUUACUCAAGUUCGGGAAGAAAUGGGUGAGCGAGUUCAGACAGAGGUGGCCACAUGUAUUCAUACAGAGGUAUCACAGAGAGUAUCAAAGAUGGAGGCCAGCUUUGAGAGGAGAUUCCAGGAGCACAUGCACUUACUUAGCCAGCAAUAUUCUA